AUGUCGCUCCGGCCCAGCCAUUCGUUUUAUCUACCGAGGGCGCGUCCAAGGUCGCAACCAAUAGAUUUUGACAAACCAAAUUUCAUUUACUCCUCGGAUAUCGGUGAAAUCGUUCAGCUGUUGUCAUCCCGCUAUGCAUUAAUAGGCGGCUAUAAAAAGGACGUGGUAGACCUUACGGACUAUGUCGAUGAGCUCACCGAGAUACACAUAAAUAUUGAACUUAAUCUGCUUUUGGUGCGCAACAAACGUCUUCGAGCAUCUGAUCUUUUAAAGGAGAAUCUCAUCUAUUUGGCAAGAACCGGCAAGAAGAACCGCAAUUACACCAAGGUACCACUCGACCGCUUGUAUAUCCAGCCCCAAAUGUUGGACGAAAAUGAUAUAUUCGUUGUUUCCAUGUCUCUCAAGAUCCUCGACUUCAUAGUACGACGUCACAACGACGGAGUGCUGAUAACACUUGACUUUUUCAAAGACGAAAACUACGGUAUUCUUGUCUUUUGCGACCACACGUUGAUUUCCCAACUCGAAAAUUAUAUUUCUAUCGUGUUUAACAGAUGCCUAACGUCAAACAAGCCAUUGGAGCCUGACGACACCCCCAUUCGCCAUAUGGUGGUAAUCGACCAGUUGGAAGACGAAUCGUCAAUCCUCCAUGACCACUCCCUUACUGACUCAACCCUUCAAACUAAUGAUUCCAUAGACCUCGAUAAAUCGUUCCAAUACGAUACCGAACAUGUUGUCGACGAUGACUUCGAAACAUCAUCGUUCGACGAUAUCGACGACGCCAUCAUGAUGGAUGGUGCCACCCGAUCCAAUAGUCGAGACGACCAGCAUACCCAUAAUCUCCAUACGCGACUAUCACCACGUUUGAAUACCAUCGAAGAAUGCGACAAAAGUGAUAGUUUUGUUAGCGAUGUGAACAACUUGAGACAUAACGAAAGUGACGAGAAAUCCCAGAUACCACCCUCUUCCCCAAAAUCCCCGGAAGCUGAAGGUCCGUUGACCAGAAAACUGUCAGUGACGUCUUAUGCUUCUCCAAAGAAGAAUGAUAAUCUCUCACGCAAAACGUCCACUGCAUCAUUCUCGAUGAUUGACUAUCAGGAUCAGGAUUUAGACUUUGCAUUCAAGGACAAAUCCAACUCUGUACCCAUGUACAUCAAGGACAAUAAGAAGUUCAAAUUCAUCAAGAUUGGCAAGGUGCAAAAGUUUGUCAAUUUGUUUGAGGAAAAAGCCAGUGUGGAUAGCCAACCAUCCUCGCGAUGUUCGAGCCCACUUCGACGUUAA